AUGUCUUGGGUCAGUCAUCCGACCAGGAGCUCUUCCUGGAGGCAAAAUCAGCAGCCGCAAGCUUCCAAUCCUCCUUCUUGGUCGCGGCAAAACUGGCGAAGAAGAUCAGAUUCCAGCGAAUCGAGCUGCUCUUCUCUGACAAGCUCCUCACCGCCAAGCUCUUGCGGCCCCUCCCCGCCUAGUAAGUCAUGGGACAGCGACUGGAGGGCACAAUAUGUCCCCAGAUCCCCAUCGUCUGUUUCCAACGCCAGAACGGCAUUUGAGGACCUGUACCCAGGCACGGUGAUGUACUUGCCUCGCCAAGAGGAUGUGCCAAAAUCCUCAGUCUUCUAUAAGAGGAUGUGGAAACGAGACGACAGUCCAUGGGGACACCCAGUGGUGAUCCUCAAGAAAGAGGUGGUCUCCGAUAUGGAAAUGGUGCAGUGCCAGCUGAUUACUUCCUUCCGCGAUCGCGAGACCUUCGCGAGAAAGUCAGACGCGUCGAAGGAAAAUAUCGCUCUUAUCGAGAACACCGACAACAUUAAAGCCCAUCAGGGCCUCAACGGUGUCUACACCCGACUCAUGACCCUCGAGCUUUGGUCAGACCGGUUUCCCAAGACGAGCUUCGUCAACUUCUAUGAUAAGGCCGGCCCGCAGGGAAAUACAUUCUGGAUCGAGUACGGAAACAUCCAACCAUUACUUGCCGGUAGAAACAUCGUUUUCGACGAAGAAUCCCUGAAGCGGAUCAUAAACAAGCAAGUGCGCUGA